AUGUGCCAAGCUACCACCCAAGAUGCCUGUUUUGACCACAUAGAACAGGUCGUGCCAGAAUGCUCGGCCGUACUCACCGGGUACCAGGCAAUAGGGAUUCAUGUCGAUCAUAGGGAUAUAGCGCGAUUUGGUGCCAUGGCCGGUCCGGGCUCCAUCGGCCUGUCAAAUGAACUGCAGAGUUACUGGUCAAUUGUUGAUCGCGAGAGCGGAACAGUUCCCACCGUCGGCAUUUCUGUAUGUGCUGCCGACCCGACGGCCAUGGCGACCCCCAAUGCUGCGGGCUCCUCUCAGCAACCCCACGUACCCGCCGAAACCCAAGCCGGCGAAUCUCCAUCUAGCACCUUACAUUCGGCCGGCCGCGACCAUGACUCGAUCCAGAUAUGUCGAUGGCGAACAGCACAGUACCACGACCAAGAAUGCGCUCGAUACUUCGACUGCCCUUCCCACGUAGUUGAACGGGCGCUAUCGGACACAGAACAGAGACCGGAAUUCGCACAGGAAGAACACCAGGAACAAGAAAAUGCGGAACAUGAAGAAGACACCGACGAAGAUGAUAUCCAAGACGCCGUCUCACUGCUUAGUGAAGAUGGUGAAGGGGAGGAUGACCAUCGAAUCGCUCGAUCUCCUUCGCCAGAGAUUCAGGUUCCAGCAGCCGAAGUGACAAAUAUCGCGGCGGAGGCUGGUGGAACACCUGAAGUGCUAGGGACACGGCAUGAAGGCACAGCAGUGAGCUUGAGCAGUGCAAUUGCACCGGGUGACAGCUUGCACUUUCCAAGGCCAUUGGCGGGAAGAAGUGGGAGCGGGGAAGUUCAGAAUACACUGCCUGUAUCCCCGGUUCCUCAACCUCUGCUGAGAAAUGAUGGGACCGUUCCUGGAUCGCAGGCUGCCAACACUUCCGCUUCCAGCCUCGCUUCUGUCACGAGCCCGAGUUCAAUGUCACCCCCUACUAUCUCGACGCCCAUGGAACGCGUCCGCUCGGGGGUGGUUUUGCCAAGGUGGCAACCGGACUCUGAACAGACAUAUUGUCCAAUUUGCGGCACACAAUUCAGCAUCUUUGUUAGGAAACAUCAUUGCCGCAAGUGUGGCCGGGUAGUCUGCAACUCGUGCUCGCCACACCGCAUCACGAUACCUCACCAGUAUAUUGUCCGGCCGCCGGGCGCCCCGCGCCCUCUCUCUCAAGGGCCAUCACUUUCCCUUCUAGACAGCCAAGGGUGGUACCCCGAUUUUGGCGGUGGUGAGAGAGUUCGGCUGUGCAACCCCUGUGUCCCCGACCCGAACACAGCGCCACCCCAAGAUCAAGUGCACCAGGCAAGGUCGCGGAAUGAGUUGAGCUCACCCACGCGGGCUGACAACUCCCCAUCCUCUAUGUGGGGCUUCAACCUCGGCCCAGGGGUUACAAACGACACUCAAACGAGGACCCGAAGCGUUACCUUGCAACCUGGGCACUCAUCAUCCGCCCGGCCGCAGGUUCCACCACUUCAACGAAACGAGGCUCGCAUCCUCUGGGGGACUCCCCCGGCAUACUACCGAUCUCCCCCUACUUCACAAGGGCCCCAGCCCUACCCCGGAAUGUCCGCGCGCUCCCGGCCAAUACACAAUGCCAGCGGCAGGCCAGGCCCCUCCACCGUCGCAGGACCCUCCUCCUCCAGUGCCACCCGCCACUUCCACUCCGUCGUCCCCCCGCGCCCCCAAAUCGCCGAGGAAGACGAGUGUCCCGUCUGCCACCGCGAGCUCCCACCACGCACGCUCCCCAACUUCGAGGCGCUCCGCGAGGCCCACAUCACCAGCUGCAUCACCUCCCAUAGCCGGUACGGCGGGUCCGCCGCGGCAUCGUCACCGAGGAGCGGCGACGACGACGACCCGGACGCCCUGCCGGCUGCGCCGCCGCGCCGCACAGGCAUGUUCCCCUACGCGGCGACAGAGAAGGACUGCGUCGACUCGGCCGAGUGCUCCAUCUGCCUUGAGGAGUUUGAGGUCGGCGUGGCAAUGGCGAGGCUUGAGUGUCUGUGUCGCUUUCAUCGGGCGUGCAUUAAUGCCUGGUGGGAGAGGCAUCCCGGGCGGUGUCCGAUGCAUCAGCAUGACGGGCUGGGGUAUUAG